CCGGACCUUCUGCCCAAAUUUUAACCAAAUCCACUGAGACUGCAACAACCAGGAAAAAAAUUGCAAGCUUUCUUCUAUCCGUUUGAAAAGGAGGUGUUAUGCUUGGCGCCUCCUUCCUCCAUGGUCGCCACCACCACGACCACCACCAUCGCCGCCGCAUACUUCCCCACCUUCCCUCACUCAAUCCUCUCUCCUCACCCUCCAUCCACCCGCCCAUCCCUUCCCUACCCAUCAAAACCACCCUCCUCAUCACCAAUCUCCCCCCUCUCUCUCUCCCUCCCCAAUAAACUAAAACCCCCUCCCAUCCCCUUCUCCGCCCAAAUCCUCACAAACCCACUUCCCCAAAACCACGCCACGUCAUCGGACACCGAUGGACCGCCCACCGAAAACCACUUCAACUUGCUCCGAACAUCCGUUCGCAACAACGACGUCGAACUCGCUAAGGCGGUCCACGCCUCUGCUCUCAAGCGAGAAGAGCCCAAAACGACGCUGUCCAACGCUCUUGUUUCCGCUUACCUCAAGCUGGGCCUCACAACUGACGCCGUCAGGGUUUUUCGCCAGUGCCUUUCUUGCCCUGACGUGGUGCUGUACAGUACGAUGAUAUCUGGUCUCGCAAAGUCCGGUUACGAGCUCGAGGCGGUCAGCCUGUUCUUUCGAAUGAGAAAGACAGAGAUUGAGCCUAAUGAGUUUAGCUUCGUGGCGAUUUUGACCGCUUGUAAUCGUUUAUUGGAUUUGGAGCUGAGUUUUCAAGUCCAUUCGUUGGUGGUUAAGAUGGGUUACGUGGGUUUUACUUAUGUUUCGAAUGCGCUUAUGGGUUCGUACAGCAAGUGCGGGCGCUUGGAUUUUGUGCUCCAAGUGUUUGAUGAAAUGCCUGAAAGAGAUGUGGUGUCGUGGAAUACGAUGAUGGCCGCUGUGGUGAAAGAGUCGAUGUAUGAUUGGGCGAUUGAAUUGUUUAGGGAUAUGCGAAGGGUUGAUGAGUUUAGCGCAGACAGGUUUACUCUUUCGACUGUUUUGGUUGCCUGUGCUGGGGGUAGGAAUUGGAAUGGAGGACGACAAGUUCAUGCUCAUGGGAUCAGAAUGGGUUUUCAGCCCACCUUGAAUGUGAACAAUGCCCUUAUUGAUUUCUACACCAAAUGUGGGAGUAUAAGAGAUGUGGAGACUUUGUUUGAGUCGAUGCCUGUGAAAGAUAUAAUAACUUGGACAGAAAUGAUAACCGCGUACAUGAACUUUGGGCUCGUUGAUUUGGCAUCAGAGACUUUUGAUAUGAUGCCAGAAAAGAACUGCGUUUCCUAUAAUGCUCUUGUAGCAGGGUGUUGUCGAAAUGGAGAAGGCAUGAGGGCUUUGGGUUUGUUUUGCAAAAUGGUGCAGGAGGGCAUGGAGUUAGAUGAAUUCACUUUGACAAUUGUUAUCAACGCUUGUGGAUUGUCGACAGACAUGAAGAUAAGUGAACAAGUUCAUGGGUUUGUCCUCAAAUGUGGUUUCGGGUCAAAUAGUAAUUGUAUUGAAUCAGCAUUGAUUGAUAUGUGCACAAGGUGUGGACGGAUGGACGAAGCAGAGAAGAUGUUCAAUCAAGGACUGGACAAUGUGAGUUGUCCUAUAAAUUGGACGUCAAUGAUCUGUGGAUAUUCUCGAAAUGGGAAACUAGAAGAGGCAAUUUCUCUUUUCUGUAAUAGGCCAUCAGAAGAAGUGGUUGUUGAUGAAAUUGCAUUAGCUACAGUUCUUGGUGUCUGCGGAGCUCUUGGUUACCAUGUGUUUGGGAAACAAAUCCACUGCCUUGCUCUUAAAAUUGGUUUGUUAAACGAUACAGGGAUCGGAAAUACCUUAACUAGCAUGUACUGCAAGUGUGGAAAUUUGGAAGGUGGAAUUAAAUUUUUUGAUAUGAUGUCAAUGCAUGAUACAGUUUCGUGGAACAGUGUGUUGGGUGGGCAUCUUCUUCACAGGCAGGGUGACGGGGCCUUAGAUUUAUGGUCAAAGAUGGAGAAGGCGGGUCAACAGCCGGAUGAAGAUACACUACGCUUGGUUAUUUCAGCUUAUGGAUACACUAACUCAAAUUUAGUUGAUAAAUGCCGGAUACUGUUUCUGUCAAUGAGAACUACAUAUGACAUUGAGCCCACUCCAGAGCUUUACGCCUCCUUUGUUGGCGUUUUGGGUUACUGGGAUCUUCUCGAAGAAGCAGAGCAAUUAAUCAACAGUAUGCCUUUUGAGCCAAACGCCACUUUUUGGCGAGCUUUGCUUGAUGCUGGCAGAAUCUCUCUGAAUACAAGGAUAGGGGCAAUGGCUGCUAAGCAAAUUCUUGCUUUGGAGCCACUGGAUCCAUCUACUUAUGUGCUCGUAGCAAAUUUGUAUUCUGCAUCCAGUAGAUGGCAAUGCGCUGAAAAGACAAGGGAGGAGAUGCGGAAUAAGGGGUUUCGGAAAAUCCCUAGUAGAAGUUGGAUUAUUAAUGAAAACAAGGUCCAUUCGUUCUACACAAGGGAUGAAUGCCAUUUCCAAUCCAGAGACAUAUACAGCGCAAUAGACGUACUGAUAUUGGAGUGCAUGAAAUCUGGAUAUGCUCCGGACACAAGCUUUGUGCUUCAAGAUGUAGAGGAGUAUCAGAAGAAGGAUUUUUUGUAUUACCACAGUGCAAAAUUAGCUGCUACCUAUGGGCUGCUCACGACUAAGCAUGGAGAACCCAUUAGGGUAAUGAAGAACGUCGCUAUCUGUGGGGACUGCCAUACGUUCUUGAAGUUUGUUUCAGUUGUUGUUAGGAGAAAGAUAAUAGUUAGGGAUUCAUCGGGUUUUCAUGUUUUUUCAAAGGGUCAGUGCUCGUGCAAGGAUUACUGGUGACAAGGUGUAGGGAUUUGGGAAGCAAAGCAUGCACACCAAAAGUUUUGCCUCCUUGUUAAUCUGCUAGGCUUUCAAAAGUUGUUGUGAUUCUUGAUCUAGUCGCUUUUCUUGCUAUUUUCUUCUUCUAUGUGUGCGUCAU